UCAGGAUGGGCGGAGCUAAACAGGAUUCUGAGCCCAGUGUUAUUGCGGUAACACGCUUGGAACGAGCGAGCCCGCAUUUAGUGAAAACCCUUUUGUUGUUGUUCAGACCCUCUGAGGCCUUCGCGAUCGCAGCGAGUCACCAGCUCUGAAGUCGACACUUCCGUAGUUUAUUGGCUCGCGACGGAUCGAGCUGCUGGAAGGCGGUGACGUCGCAGCUACAUUGUAUCGCUGUGCUUUAGUUCCCGUGGAGGUUCUGUGCGGUUCCUUGUGUUCUCCGUGUCUCUGUAAUCCGUGUGUGCAGGACAGAAGCUGCUCGAAGGUCGCCUAAUGAUAAACAAACAAACAAACAACAACAGUGUGAUGGUGGGUCCUCGGUGUCACAUAGCUCCGUAAGGGGACAAGUCAACUUUGUUUACAUACUGAAGCCAAGCGAAGAUGUCCAGCAGAUUUGUGGCCUAGCGUUAGCGGCAUGUUGGAAUAUACCUUCUUUUUCCCGAAGAGUCCUGUCACGGAAGAACAGGGGUGCCAGUUAUUUUGGAGCUGAUUGUAGAAACGGUACCUGCCAAUCCUGGUGCUGCUAAUGACCCAGAGUGUUUAAGAAGUGUUGAAUGUGAAGGAAGCAAACCCAGAGGAACAUGUCUGUCAUAUACGUGGCCAACAAGAGGAAGAUCUCAAGGCCUGAAAAAAAGCCUCAUACAGGAGACCCAAACAUUAUGGAUAAAGUGGUUGCAGCAUGCGGCGGGCUUCCAUCCAUGAAUGAAGAUGAGGCAAGUCCCCAAAAGAUAACAAGAGCAUAUGGCAGGAAAAAAUAUCAUGAUCUGCAGCCAGUCUCCAGGGUUCCUACAGAAGAUGGAUCUUCGUGCACUUCAGUGGUCCAUGCUAAUUCACUGAACGGCUCUAAAACGCAACCCAUUGCUUAUGGUCCUGCCACUGCAUGCAGGAUGAAGGACAAAGUUGGCUCUGGUUUGGAGAUUAUGAGAGAGAGAGUUCCUGUCAUAGUUCCUGUAGCACAGUAUACUCAGAGGAGUCCCUCAGCCAACAGUGCUAAAAGUAGGACUCCGAGAUCUGAGUUCUACUGCGUGAAGAGAGAGACACCCAGUUAUCCUCCAGGAAGUCAAGAGGAGACCUGGCAGCUGCAGAUUCUCGCAAAGGGCCGGGUCACUUGCCCCAAGUGUAAACGUGUAGGGAGGAAAACAGUAGAGGGCCUGAAAAAACACAUGGGAGCCUGCAAACUGCAUGUAUUUAAAUGCACACAUUGUGGGAAACAACUAAAGACUUCAACUGGGAUGAAGUACCACCUCAUGGCGGACCACAAUAAACUGCAUUCAAAGCAACUACCAUUACAGACGCAUACAGAAAUGCCCACCCCAGAUGAUGCAUGUGGACUGGACGACCAUGCAGUGAAAGAAAAAUUGAGAAAAGUGCUCAAGAGGUUGGGAAAAUUAAAAUGUUCAAAAGAGGGGUGUACUGGCAGCUUUACCAGUAUAAUGGGCUACGUUUAUCACAUGAAAAAAUGUGGUAAGGCCGAGUCCGAGCUGGAGAAGCUCCUAAUGAACUGCAAGCACUGUGGGAAGCCUUAUCGCUCCAGAGCCGGACUGGAGUACCAUCUAAAAUCUGAGCAUGGCCCGGAACCCCAGCAGGCUGAAGCAAAUGGCCAAAGGGAACCCAGCGUGGAGUGUGAAUCCAGUGGCAGGGCCAAACGCACAUCAGCCCAGGUGGCCAUUUUCCAUUUGCGUGAGAUUGCCAACCAGGAGCUGUUCAAGGAGUGGCCCAAGAGGAAGGUGCAGCGAGACUUGGUACCCGAUGACAGGAAGCUCCGGUAUUCCCGUCCUGGAUUGCCUGCCUUCAGUCAGGAGGUUUUGCGAAAGUGGAAGAAUGAGGUGAAAAUGAACAGAAAAAUGCAGUGUCCCAACAAGGGUUGCGGUUGCUACUACACAAGCGUGUCAGGUCUGAAGGCCCAUUUGGGACUCUGCACCCUGGGCAACUUUCAGGCUGGGAAAUACACAUGCCUGAUAUGUAAGAAAGAGUUCAACUCAGAGAGUGGCGUGAAAUACCACAUCAACUCUGUUCAUUCCCAGGACUGGUUUGUGGUCACCUCCAAGGCUAAGAGUUUCACCUCCAACAAAGAGCUGAAGCCAAAGAAGCUUUGCACGCCAAGGAGAGCUCUCCAUUUCCCCCAGGGACCCUGCACCUGGCAGGAAACCCAGACUCCAGCGGAUGCUAGGACCAGUGAGUCCGUAUGUCCAGAAACACCAGAGAAGAAAACAAAAGAGGAUAAAAAGAGCAUCAAGCACAAACUGAGAGCGCGGGAAAAAGACUGCAGUGAUCGCGAGAGCAGUAGCAGCGGAAGCGACAGCUCCAGCAGUGAGUCGGAAGCAGAGGUUACAGAGAAUGAUGCCUGGAAGCUAAACAAGCCACAAGCUCAACCUGAGAAAGCUACCGAUGACCACUAAACCCUUCUUCUAAUUCAUGAUCCUUUUAAUUUCCCUUUUCAAGUAGUAGACUUUUUUUAAAUAUCUGUGGGUUGUUUUUUUUUUGUUGUUGUUUGGUUUUUUAAAUGUGAUUUCAUAUUGCAUAGAGUUCUGACUCGGAGGUGCCAAUAUUUAUAGUUCGGCCAUAGAGUUUGAUUUUUGACCCUUUGCUACUGCUUUUCAAUGAAAGCAGCAUUCAGACCAAGACAGCUUCAUCGAGGUGAAUUUGUGAGCCAGUAGAAAACAAGAAGGCAGUACUAUGGUCUCUGUUGUUGGUUAAAAAAAGUGCAUAAAUAUUUUAACUGCAAUUUACAGGGUGUUUUUAGCUUUGUAGCUCCUCCAACUCCAGGAAAAAGUUUGACAUGUAUGAAAGCACUUUAGGUUGUUGUGUGCGCGCGUGUGUACUAUACGUACAUGGAGUUAUUCAAUAACAGACGUUUGGGAGAAAGUUUAUACUUCAACCUCCUCCCUUUCAGCUAAGGUGUUCUGUAACUACCUGCUGCUAGCACGCGUUCUCCCCGGCUGUCUUGGCCCCAUCGUGCCAGUUUUACAUAAUUUCCCUAAUCCGCCAGUUGAAGGCAUUUACAGCGUCUUUCAAAAGUACUCAUCCCCCUUGGUGUUUGUCCUGUUUUGUUGCAUUACAAGAUGGAAUUAAAAUGGAUUCUUGGAGGGUUAGCACCAUUUGAUUUACACAACAUGCCUACCACUUUAAAGGUGCACAUUGUUGAUUUAUUGUGAUGCAAACAAUAAGAUGAAAAAACAGAAAUCUGGAAUGCCGAGAAGGCUUUUGAUAGAGUGGAGUUGCAGUACCUAUUUGAAGUUUUGCAAAGGUAUGGUAUCCAGGGGAAAUUUCUUAGUUGGAUUAAACUAAUCUAUGCUGAUCCACAGGCCAUGGUCUUAACCAAUGGACUGACUUCCCAGCCUUUCCAUCUGCUACGGGGUACAAGACAAGGCUGCCCUUUAUCUCCAUUGCUAUUUGCCCUGGCUAUUGAACCACUGGCUAUGGCUAUUCGUAAAGAUCCUAAUUUAGAGGGCAUAAAGAUCGGAGAUGUAGAACAUCGUAUAGCACUUUACGCAGAUGAUAUUCUUUUAUUUUGUUCUAAUUUGAAAUAUACUUUACCCGUUCUUUUAGAUCUGAUUAGGCUAUUUGGUACUUUUGCAGGUUAUAAGAUUAAUGAUACUAAAUCAGCGAUUAUGUUUAUGAAUGAAAAUGAGGCACAAAACCCUCCAAUACACAGCCCUUUUCUGAUUUCUCCAAAAGGCUUCACCUAUCUGGGCAUUAAGAUUUCUCCAUGUGUUGAUAAGAUUGUUCCCAACAACUACAAUCCCAUGGUGGAUAAGGUCACUCAGCUUGUGAACAGAUGGACAAAAUUCCCUAUCUCUAUGAUUGGAAGAGUGAAUGUUCUUAAGAUGUCAAUAUUACCUAAGUUUUUAUAUCUCUUUCAAUCAAUUCCACUUGCACCACCGUCAUCCUUUUUUUCUUCACUCCGAAAGCUUUUUUCUAACUUCAUAUGGAACAAUAGGCGUCCCAGGCUCAGGCUAUCACUUUUGUAUCUACCAUAUGAUAGAGGUGGUCUACAGCUCCCAAACCUUGAGUGGUAUUACUGGGCAGCUCAAAUCAGAGCAGGGAUGUUUUAUUUUGAAAAAAUAAUCCUCCAUCCUGGAUUUUGGUAGAAUCGCAUCAAAUCAAUAUCUCCCCAAACUUAUAUUUAUAUUCUGCCAGUAAGAACAUACUAACUAGUAAGACAAAAAAUCCUUUCCUCAAAAAUACUAUUUCAGUCUGGUUUAAAGUUUGUGCACAUUUAGCUGAGCUUCCACACACACUAUCUGUUUUCUCCCAUUUAUGGCAAUAAUGCCUUUCAACCUGGUAGAUCUGACUCAGGAUUUAAAUUCUGGGCAUCUCAGGGUAUAGCUAAGGUUGCUGACCUAUACGAUGACAGGUCUGUUUUUAUGUCAUUUGAAGAACUUAAGUCUAAGUACACAAUCCCUUCUAAACAUUUCUUUAAAUAUUUGCAAUUGAGAAGCUUUAUCCUGAGCAGCCAAGGUUACAGCUUACAACCAGUGAUGGGAAUAACGACGUUAGAAAUAAACGGCGUUACUAACGGCGUUACUUUUUUUAGUAACGAGUAAUCUAACUAAUUACUUUUUACAUCGUUAUAACGCCGUUCCCGUUACUUAUAAUAAAAUACUAUGCGUUACUUUAUUAAAGCUGUUCUCAUCUGGCACGCUGCUCGUUCAGCCUUUCUUUACUCUGCUUUAGUGUGGGGCGGGGAGACGCGAGACAACGGCACAGUAAGCCAAUCAGAGUAGAUUUGGACAACAUACGUAGGUAGGCCACGCCUACUGCACUACUGUGCGCUCUUUCAAUCAGAAGACCCAGCGAUGGCGAGCGGUCAGCCCAGCACUGCGCUUUCACACUGGAAAUACAGCCAGUACUUUUCAUUACUUGAAAUAAAAGGCAAGAGUGUUUACGUGCAAUGCCAUUAUGUUGAGGAACAAAGCGUUUGUCCUCGUCAGUGGCCAGUAUUUAAUUAGUAACAUAAUUUUAAUAACUACAAAAAUAUAUUACAUUUGAUAGAUGUCUUAUCUCACAUUGUCCCACAAAAAUAUUAAUAUAGUGUAGAUAACAUUACUAAUUGGUUCUGUUAAGUGUCCAUUUCAGUCAUUAAACACAUUUAACAUUCACUUUUAUUAUGAUUACACUAAUUGAAUUUGAUUUUUUUGAGGGGGAACAAAAUGUAACGGAAUAAUUACUUUCCCUGGUAAUUAGUUACUUUUAUGACAAAGUAACUCCGUUACUAACUCAGUUACUUUUUGGGAAAAGUAACUAGUAACUAUAACUAAUUACUUUUUGAAAGUAACGUGCCCAACACUGCUUACAACUGCCCCCUCUUUCUACUUUAGAAAAAUUCAUUCUCAAUUUCUUACACUCCAGAGGACAGGUCUCUAUAUUGUAUAACCUCCUGGUAAGUAAAUCGUCAGAAUCAUCACAUAACAUCCUUCAAGUUUGGAAGACAGACUUGCAGGAGAAUAUCACAGAGGAAGAGUGGUCUGAAGCAUAUAUUUUAGCCCAGUCACAAACCAUAAAUACAAACUCUAAAUUACUUCAAUACAAAUGGUUGAAUAGACUAUACAUUACUCCAGCCAAGCUACACCGAUUUAAUCCCAACAUUCCAGACACUUGUUUUAAAUGUAAACAUGACAAAGGGUCUUUAUUUCACUGUAUGUGGGAGUGUCCACAAACCUUAUCAUUUUGGAAGAAAGUGAUAGAGGUUGUUAGUCAGAUAAUUGAGGAAGAGGUGCCCCUUAAACCAAAACUAUGCCUACUGCACAUCUAUCCAGAAGACUUCACCCCCUCUAAUAAUGUACAACACUUGCUGAAUAUUUGUUUUUUGGAGGCUAAACGCUGUCUGGCCAAGGCAUGGAAAACAGAAGUGUCCUGUGUUUUAGCGCAUUGGUUGAAAGGAAUGUGCUUUUAUUUUGCUUUGGAGAGAAUAAGUUAUACUACAAAAGGCAAGCUGGACAAGUUUUGGAGGAUCUGGGACAUAUUUUGUGCCUUUCUUGAAAAUAAUAAUAUUGAAGUAGAGGGCUGGGAAACUGUUGGAAUUUGAAAUGAGCCCCCC